UUUGUGGUUUCACUGGAAAGGCAGAAAUGUAAACCAUUCCCACUGCCCUAUCUGUCUUUCUGCAGUGUCCCCCAUCUCCCAUGUACUGCUCUUGCUGGAAAGAAGUGUGACAAGCUUAAGAUGGAGGAUGAGGAAGGCUACACCGCACUAAAUUUACGACUCCCAGCUUCAGUUAUUACUGAUGGAUACUCAAGCUAUAACAAAUGUCCUACAUUUAGUACUCCAGCCAAUUGUGUUACAGUAGACAGAGUGUCUGCCUCAUCCGCCAUAAGGCAGCCAGUAACCUUAGCGUUCUUCGCUUUGAGCCUGGUGCUGCUCACAGGUGUGGUGGUCUUAGUGUCCCUGUUUUUUCAGAUACACCAGGACCCUGAAGAAGGAAAGAAGCUGCAGACCAUGAGGGAAGCAUUGUGUUUUGAAAGGAGGGCAAGGAACGAAACAGAAUGUGCUCUCUGUCCAGCAAGGUGGAAAAGCAGUGAAGUUGGCAGCUGCUUCUACGUUUCAAAACAGAAGAAAACAUGGAAAGAAAGCCAGGAGUUCUGUUCCACAAGAAACUCCACACUUCUUGUGCUGAAAGACAAAAUAAAGAUGGUCUCUCUGCCAUACGAUUCACAGUUCUAUUGGGUUGGAUUAUCAUACAUACCUGAAAGGAAUGGCUGGUUCUGGGAGGAUGGAACUGCUCUUUCAGGAGAAGCCAAAACUUGGACUGUAUUAGGUGAGCACACCUUCUGUGCCUCCUUAUAUGGACAGAUUAUUUAUGCCAGUAACUCCUGUUCGACAAAGCAAUCCUGGAUCUGUGAGAAAGGAGCUGUUCAAUUUGCCUGAAGAAGCACCGUGAGAAGGAAUGUGGGUUCUGUCACUGUUAGAUACCAUUUCUAGGAACCAGGUGUUUUAAAUGUACUUUUAUUUUUGUUUGUUUAUCAUGCAGCUUUCUCAGAGUGUUAAUUCAAAUAGACGGGUCAACAGAGAUUAAACUUCCUCUUUGCCUGCACUCAGGCUCAUAAAUGAGAGAAAAAUACUACAAAGCUAGAAGCUACAAGCCUAGGAAGCAAUUUUAAAGGGUUAGCAACAGUUAAGUAAUAAUUCUUACAUGAAUCUUUAGAAGGGCAACCACACAUUCUCACAGAGCCAUAUAUUUCUUGUGCUUCUGUUAGAGUUUCUCCUUUCCUCAGCAUUCUACAGCUGCCAGUCAUAAACCACUCCAUCUGCAUCCUUGAUGAUUUUAUCCACUGAAUUACUGUACACACUAACUACAUAACCCUGUUACAGACUAGUUUGCCUACUCAUGCCCUUGUUCCUAAUUCUGUUGUCCCAGUUCUUCCUUUCUUUGAAGUGUAGAAAUACAGAAUGAACACAAGGUUCUGUUUAUUAAUAAAACUCUUUUUGUGUAUGCAUUAAUAUCUAUACAAACAGAAGCACAUUUUUUAGAAGAGUAGAGGAAAUCCCUGGAAGAAAUCUCUAAAAAUUAGAGUCAAAUGUCACGUGCAUAUUAAAAUAUUACCUAAACAAAACUUCAGUGCUUUAAUAAAUAGAACUGCUAUGCAAAUAUUAGUAAGGAUAACAAUGACAUGCUUUUGUUCACAGAUUAUCUCAAUGAGUACUCAAACUGAUGCCGCAUCUGUUGCCACAAAUCUUAUCUAUGUUCUUGUGUUGUAUCCACACUGUUUGGCAUUUCUGGAGUCAAAGACACGUAGUAUGUGUCAUAUACUAUUAAAGUAUUUGUCGCACUUCCUGGAACAAAGCAAUGCCUCUAGAUUUCUGGGUAGAGUUUCAUGGCAUGAGUUCAUUGAAGUUUGUGUAUGGAAAUAAUAGACGGAUGUUUUAUAUCAUACACGAAACAUUCCUUAUGCAUGUAUAUGUAUGUAUAUAGAUAAAUAUGUAUGCAGUAGUGCUUGGAGACCUUCCUUAAAAUAAAUUAAAUACAAUGCUGUGUCUUUAAUAAUCAUAAUUUCCUUUGAAAGUGAUUUCAAAGGCUGAAGCAAUUCCUUCAACAAACAAACAAACAAACAAACAAACAAACAAAAACCCCAAAAACCAACAACCCUCAAUCUAGUGUGAUGAAAGAUAUUUAUGAACUGAAUUCUUUCACAGUACUCAGUAGAGCCAAGUCCUAAUGUAUGGAUACUGGAGAUUUUCAGAACAAUUCUGUUCUGUGAUUCUAUGAGCUACCAGCUGAACUAUCUAGAACUCACUGCUGUUGCAAUCAAACGUGCAUAUCUGAAAGUAGGGUACAAUAUUUCAUCCAUUCAAAGGUUUCAGCUCCUUCAACUUGAAAGAAAAAGUUCACAGGUAGCAAAUAAGCUGCUAAGUUUUGCCCCAUUUUUUUUUUUUUAAACUAAUCAUGGCUAACAUACAACUGGUUUUGUAUAGCUGCAUUGUAAAAAAAAAUGUUAGGCCCUGGGUUUCCUGUUAACUGCUUGUGUUAAGUGCAUUCACUAUUAAUGCAGGGAAUGUAUGAAUGAGUUCUCAGAUGCUGAAUAUGAGGAAGAAGACAGAUACUCUCAUUUAGAGCAUCUGCCACGAGGGCCAUCCAGACACUAAUUGUCUCUGAAUAUCAGUGAAGGUGCAACUGACGCUUGCUCUUUGAACUUCUUGCGCCAUGGUAUUCAAUGACAAUAGAGAUGGUCUAUCCUUUCUAGUUCAGUAAAUGAGAAGAAUAUGUAAUUAUAGGAUUAAUGUUUAUUUCUGUGCGCUAUUUCAUUGUUUUUCGUUUUGUUCCGUUUUGUUUUGUUUUCUGAUAAGAAUAAGCAUGCAAGAAUGUGAAAAUAAAGUGUUGCCCUAAAUUUCUGUAGAAAUAAGACAGGUGGCUUCAGGUUCAGACUCUGAAGUCUGGAAUUGGUUAUAAUGUAAUUUGUUUUCUUGAUGUUCAUUU